CUACGUUCUGCAACUGACGUGUCUAAAACAGUUGUGGGAAAACCCUGGGAGGGAAUAUUUGGUCAGGAGAAGUGACUGAUUGUUUUCCCUGUAGACGAAAUCAACUACAGAAGUUGACGUCGGAUUUAUAAUUUAUUAACUAUAUAUUUUAUUUCUAUGUUUUGAGAGUGUUAUCUAUCCUUGUUGUGAUUAACUUGAGUCCUUGUCGGCAAGAUGUUGGAUUUCUUCGCCAUCUUCAGUAAAGGGGGUAUAGUGUUGUGGUGUUUUCAGGGAGCUGGGGUUGCUGAGUCUUUUGCUGGACCUGUCAACGCUCUCAUCCGAUCUGUCAUCCUACAGGAGCGCAGCGGAAACAAUUCCUUCAACCACAAUGCAUUGACUCUAAAAUACAAGCUGGACAAUGAGUUUGAGCUUGUGUUUGUGGUGGGUUUUCAAAAAAUCCUCAUGCUGACCUAUGUGGACAAGUUAAUAGACGAUAUCCAACUUCACUUCAGGGAUCGUUAUAAGAAUGAACUCGAGCAAAAGGGUGCUAUUAAAUAUUUGAUCAACGAUUUUGAAUUUGGAGAUGAUUUUGACCAGCUUCUCCGCGAGGCAGAGGAGAGCAGCAGGGUGAAGGACCCUGUGGUCAUGAGGACCUUCACACAGUCCCAGAAGUCCCAGAAAACUGUGAAGUCCAUGAUCGAGACAAAGGGAGGGGACAAGGGCAAGGAACAUGGUGGCAAGAAGAAUAAAAAUGCCAAAAAAGAAGCAGAGGAAGGCGCGGGAGCUGCACCAAGCAAGUCCCCGCCCGCUUCCAAGAAGGCGGUUGUCAACGGCAACCAGGAGCUGACUAAAGAGGAAAUCCUUCAGAGGAACCGGGAGGAGAUGUUCCGCAGGGCGGUGGCGAAGAGUGGCAGUGCCACCAGAUCCCCCAAGCCUCUGAAGGAGAAGGAGAAGACCAAGAAGGCCAAGGUGAACCGUGUGUGGGACAACUGUGGCACCAACACCAAGGAGCUGGACCACAGCAAGAGCAACGGCUCCCAGGAGGCAGACGAUAUGGCCAGGGAGCAAGCUGAGCCGGAAAUGCAGCUGGAGUCCAUGGUUGGUGACUUGAGAGACGUGGAUUAUGAGUCCAGCGAACCGGAGGAAGAAGAGGAGGAGGAAGAGGAGGAGAGAGUGGUCGUCACUGAAGCCAGCAAGAAAGGGGCCAAGCGCGGUGGCUUCGGCGGGAUGUUCGGGAUGCUCAAGGGCCUGGUGGGCUCCAAGAGUCUGAGCCAAGAGGACAUGGAGCCCGUCCUGGACAAGAUGAAGGACCACCUCAUCGCUAAGAAUGUAGCAGCUGACAUUGCUGUUCAGCUUUGUGACUCAGUGGCCAAGAAGCUGGAGGGCAAAGUCAUGGGCACCUUCACCACUGUGGCCUCGACCGUAAAGCAGGCUCUGCAGGAGUCUCUGGUGCAGAUCCUGCAGCCCAAGCGCCGUGUGGACAUCCUGAGGGACGUACUGGAGGCCCGCUCCCAGCGCAAGCCCUUCGUCAUCACCUUCUGCGGCGUCAACGGCGUGGGCAAGUCCACCAACCUCGCCAAGAUCUCGUACUGGCUGAUCGAGAACGGCUUCAGCGUGCUGAUCGCGGCGUGCGACACGUUCCGAGCGGGGGCGGUCGAGCAGCUGCGGACCCACCAGCGGCGCCUCAACUCGCUGCAUCCUCCGGAGAAACGCGCGGGCCGCCACGCCGUGCAGCUCUUCGAGAAGGGCUACGGCAAGGACGCCGCCGGCAUCGCCAUGGAGGCUAUCGCCUUUGCUCGUAACCAGGGCUUUGACGUGGUGCUGGUGGACACGGCGGGACGCAUGCAGGACAACGCUCCGCUGAUGACCGCGCUGGCCAAGCUCAUCGCCGUCAACACCCCCGACCUGGUGCUGUUCGUGGGCGAGGCCUUGGUGGGCAACGAGGCCGUGGACCAGCUGGUGAAGUUUAAUCAGGCACUGGCUGACCACUCCAUGUCUGAUAGGCCCCGCCUUAUCGAUGGCAUCGUCCUCACCAAGUUCGACACCAUUGAUGACAAGGUUGGUGCCGCUAUCUCCAUGACCUACAUCACCGGUCAGCCAAUUGUGUUUGUGGGCACUGGGCAGACCUACCACGACCUGCGCAGCCUCAACGCCCGCGCCGUGGUCAGCGCCCUCAUGAAGGCCUAAGAGACGCCCACCGCCCUAGCAGGAUCUCUCCCACCCACCCCACCCCACCCCACCCCACCCUCAUGUCCGUCCCUGGCGCUCUGAAACCAGAUCUUGGAGGGCCACCAUGUGUAGAGGAUUUUUCAAUUUCUCACGAGUCAAGCCAACCACCUGAUUUAAUCUGAUUUAUCCAAACAUGGUCUUAAGAGUACCACAAUGAUGAAGUGAAUACCAUAAAGCGAUGUUUGUCAUUCUCCCUCCAACAAGAACAUCUGGAUUUAGAAAUGAAUACAUAGCUAUAUUUAUUUUAUUUUAUUCCCUCUUACUUGUAGUAUCAAAAUUGAAUUGAAAAGUCUUAAUUUUUUGUCCAGACAACUAGCCCAUUAGAAUAGGUGAGCAUCCAUAUUUAGGUGCAUCCUGAAUUUGAAAACAUGGUGGCCCUCCCUAUCUUCCUCCUGCAAGAUGUAGUAGUCCCUGAUACUCAAUGACUGAACCCCCAACCCCCCUGGAAACCAACCAAUCCACCAGCCACAGUCCCGAUGGCGGCCAGUGUGAGGCGCUCUGCCCUGCCCUGCCAAGAGGCCAUGCCAGAUCUCAGUGGCCCCUGCAGACCCUGAGACCACACUUCUCCAUCGGUCUGAUGCCCCGCCUCAUCGCUCGGACGCUUCUCAUGCAUAGCAGCUUUCACCCAGCCGCCAUGGAGGAGGAGGAGGAGGGCAUGAGGACUUUCAGCAAGCAACCAUGUCACGCACGCACACACACACACACACACACACACACUUUUGUUUCCCUCCCUCCUGGUUAUGAUGUGGGGCCAAAGAAGUAUAUGUGCAGUUUUGAUAGCUCUUUAUGAAUAAAAAAAAAUACAAAAGAACGAGUAAAACAUAAAUACCUGGAUAUAAAAAAAACAAACAAAAAAUAAAACAAAGGGUAAUAUAUUCCUCAUUUUAUUUUGUUUAUCUUGUCUGAGUUAUUUGGCAUUAGCAUGAAGUCAAUGUGUUACAGGCCUCCGUAUAUAACCAAGCAAAACCGAGAACGCACAUUUAGGUUAAGAUGUGACUAUUGCACAUGGCGUCGUCCACCAGUGUUCAUCACACCUGUGCCUGUUACUGGCUUGUUCAGGGUCAGCAGCAGGUCAGUCUUGCUGAAUACUCCUCAUUCAGUCUGCCCCCUCUCUCCAGCGAGCUGCUGAAAACUGCCUAUUUGACCAUAGUGCCUAUGCUCCCACAGCCCCAUGAUGCAUCUGACACUGCAUGGGCAUCUCUACUGUCUGUUUUCUUUCCUUGUUGUGUUCAUUUGAGUCUGGGGGAAAAAAGAAAGCAAGACGUCCACUACUCUUUCCAAAGCCCUCCCAUCUCAGAAGAACCCUCUCUCUCACUCGGCCACUCAAUCUCGUCUGUCCUCUUCCUGGUCUCCGUUCUGUGCUCGAUGGCCUGGAUGGGGAGACAUUCCUAUUCUAGAAUGUUCUGGAUGGGAAGAGAUUCCAAUUCUAGAAUGCUCUGGAUGGGGAGACAUUCCUAUUCUAGAAUGCUCUGGAUGGGGAGAGAUUCCUAUUGUAGAAUGUUCUGAAUGGGGAGACAUUCCUAUUCUAGAAUGCUCUCUCCUCCAUUCAUGUCUGUCAGGUCACAGGUGACGAGAAGAGAAAAGGACCUGAUCUACUGACUCGACUCACAAAGACAAUUUGACUUGGAAAUGUAUGACAAUGACGAUGCAAAACCAACAACCCGAACCUCCACAGCCCAGGUCAUUUGAUGGUGAGACUUCUGGGACAUCUCAAACCAUCAGUCUUAACCCCUUUUCUCUCGUGCUGUCCAGCCGUGUCUCGUUUUCUCACUUAUUUCCCUUCCCAACCUGUUACUGCUCAGAUUCCAUAUUAACUACUGGAGGCCCUUCUCUUGCUUUAAGUUCUUACUUUCUCUUCACCCCUCAUUCACGUCUGUUUUCCUUUAAGGCAUGUUGUGCAACUGAAACAUUAAUCAAGAGUCUAGUUUUGGCAGGGAUCAAAAAUGAAUGUACCUCUUCUGUUCUUCAGUAUAUUUUAGUUGAUGUGAUGGAAUAGAAUGGAAACCCAUUGAUGGUAAGCUUGCCUGGUGAAAAUUGAUGCCCGGCAGCGAAAGCAGCAAAAUAAGUUAGGUAAAUUCUUUGAAUGAAAAUUAUUUGGGGGGGGGGCAAAAAGUUGUGGUUCUGACAUUGUAAUUUCGUUCAUGUACUAACUGGAAGAUGUUUCGAACAGUAUUAUGACUCAAAUCAGAGAUGAGGAACACUGAUGUUGUGGCAUUACCCUUUCAUUUUUUUUUUUCUUGUCCAUUUUGACCCCUGACCUGACUGUCCCACUUUGAUUUGCAGUAGUGCAACAUGCACAGAGAGCAACAUAAAGAACAUUUUGUCAUAAUUUAUGAGAAUGUACAAACAUUUCUUAAAUAAAGCUGCUGUUAUAACCCA